CCGAGCCUGUCUCCCCUUUAAACACCACCGAUUCGCGCACCGUCCCUCUCGCCCGCGCACCACACCGCACCACGGCGCCAGGACGAGCACGGGAGCGCCACCGGAUCGAAGGAUAAAGGCCCUCUCCUCCCCCCGGUCGCCGGAUCCGGCCCUCGGGGGACCGAUCCCUCCGCGCCGGCGAUGGACUCCUCCUCCUCCUCCGCCUCCGCCCACGGCAGCGGCGCCGGCGCCGGCCUGCUGGGCCGCGGCGGGGGCAAGGGUGGGAGCAGCGGCGCCGGCAAUGGCAGCGGCAGCGGGAGCGGGAUCGGCGGGGACAGCACGUCGACCAUCGGCGGCGGCGGCGCGUCGGCGGACGCGUGGACCCGGCUCGUCAGCUCCGGCGUUGAGGACGACCUGGUGUGCGCCGUGGGAGCCGGGGCGGGGUUCGGGGCCGGAGGGCUGCCGUACGGCUACUUCCUCGACGCCUGCUUCCUCUGCCGGAAGCCGAUCGCCAGCAACCGCGACAUCUUCAUGUACAGAGGGGACAUCGCGUUCUGCAGCGAGGAGUGCAGGACGGAGCAGAUGGAGGCGGACGAGGAGAUGGAGAGGAAGGAGAAGAGCGCGUCCGCCAAGAAGCUGUCGCAGAGGCCGCCGUCCCUGGGCGAGGUGGAGUCCCCGCCGCGGCCGCCCAAGACCAGGGCCGGCUCAAUCCUCGCCGGCUGACAGUGCUCCUUUCCCCCCAGGCCAAGACCCCCGUCAGCACCACCACCGUCAGAAGAAGGAAAGAAAAUUACCGACCGCUUAAUUACUUACAGCCAGCCAGGCAGCCAGUGACAUAUAUGGGUUUGUGUUUUUUGUUUGAACCCCUUGCGCUUUUGGUGGUGCUGCGUUGCGACCAUGGUUUUUGCGCCUGCAGCGGCAGCAGCCUGUAUCGGUGACGAACAUGUAUAGGUUAGAGACGGACUGAAGGGAAAUGGUGGCCAGUGCCUGCCGGCUAUUGGGAGUUACUGCUGCUUCCCAGGCUCUGCUCUUAAUUAUUUUUCUUUGUGUUUUGUACUCUAGUAGUUGUUGGUGAAUGGUGAUGGUGGUGGUGGUAGGUUUAAGGUUUUUCUAAUGAAGCGGAUGGAACAUAUGGGUAAAGAGGAAA